AUGACUUGCGAGGCAUCACGUUUGGAAGCGGUAGAUAUGCACAUGGUUGUGCCCAGCCCAGGAUCACCGCCCGGCAUGAGUUCAUCAAAGUCUUCAAAAACCUCCUCUCUCCAGUCCUUCGGGUCCGAUGACGACAACAGCGUACUGGCUGAUGCCGGCCACUUUGAGGAGAUCGGACUGGAUGAUGAUACGGUCACGGUCGACAAUGCGCAUUCUCGCGACAUCAGCCAAGUCAAGUCCAACCCUAACCCCUACAGCUCGUCCUAUACCGCCGAUCUACGCGCACAGUCGACGAAGCACGUCGGUCCCACGAUCCAUCCUUCAUCCUCAAGCAAUUCCAGACAACUGGGCCCGGCGCGGCAACAGCGAGACAUCACGGCCAUGCCGAAGGGCCGCCCGGCAUUCCCAGGGAUCAGGACACAAUUCAGGGACACGAGCACGCAGAACCUCGGCAGCAUUGGUCCACAGCGCCAAACGAGCCCCUUACCAAUUCGCAGCUUAUCAGCGCGGUCCGCCUCCGCCAUUGGGCACAGUCGACGGCAGCGUAGCCCCAGCCCGAACUUGUCUCUCCGCUCGCUCAGCCCCCGUGACCCUAACGUUGGUCCAAAGCCGAGGAGGGGUAGUUGGCAGUCGACGAUCGAACGCAAAUCGGUUAUAGAGCUGGAAAAGGAAUGCGACGACGAUGACGACAACAUCCCGGACGGCUUUAUCCUGGACAACAUCCCUAUUUCACCUCGUCCGCCCAUGGCACGACCAGCUAGUCGUCCGGUUUCCGCUGCUGCGUCCCCCGAACGCCAACCCAAGGAGCGUGUGCGCAGUGUCGGCAACGGCACGCCAGCCAUUGCCACAGCGCAAGGGUGCUUACGCUCUCCGUCGUGGAGAUCCGAGGUCUCCUCUACCGAAUCGCUGCCAUCUCCCGGCGUUCCCUCUCCCUUGAAGGGCCGGGCCAAGAGCUGGAACUCGGCUCUUUCGGAGCUGAGUGCUGAAGCCAAGGCCUUGACCGAGAAGCUCGAGGAGCGUGCUGAUGAACUAGACAAGAAUGGCAUUUAUGGCAGUGCUAUAUCGCGCCCAAACGUCAAGCCACGCGUCAAGUCUGCUCUGGCCGAGCUCCCGCCACUCCGCAGGACCAACAUAAUGAUUGAUCCUUUGCCCAUCUCCAAAGAGAAGGAGGCGGUUCUCUCACGCACUCGGCCCUCGUGGUUGCCACCAAAGGACCCUGCAGAAGAGAAGAAACAUCUAAAAGAGUAUCAGAGAUUAAUGGCGAACAGCAUCGAAGCCGAUAAGCGCCGUGAGGCUGCCAAAAAAGAGAAAGAGAAGAGCAAGGAUGCGAUGGCCAGCAAUCUGACACGCGUCUGGGAGCAAGACGUUCUGCAGCGAUGGAAUGAUGCCAUACGCGAGCGCCGGACCCGCGAGCUAUGGUGGAAAGGUGUGGCUCCGCGAGCCCGUGGCACCGUCUGGUCGCAAGCCAUCGGCAAUGAAUUGGGCCUGACCGACACAAGCUUCCAGGCAGCGCUUGCGAGGGCCCAUGAAACAGAGAAACGAAUCGCUGACGGCAAUGCGAGCACCGAGGAUGAGCGAAAGGCGGAAUGGUUCAAGCACAUCCGAUCUGACGCGCAGAGCGUAACCUGGGCGGAGCUGAAGAUCUUCCAGACAGGUGGGCCUCUGCACCAGUCCUUGGUAGACGUUCUCAGCGCAUACGCCAUGUACAGGAGCGAUAUUGGUUACGUGUCCGGGUGCAACACUAUUGCAGCUAUUCUUCUGCUGAAUCUACCAUCAGCAACGAUGGCUUUCAUAGCUCUGGCCAACAUACUCAACCGCCCGCUCCCAUUAUCGUUUUAUGCCUCGGAUCAGGGUGCAAAGGCAAGCGCAUACAACCUGCUACUCCAAACCUUGUCUACGAAGGCUUCACAGCUCCACAAGCAUCUCACGAGUGAUGAUCUCGGACUGGACCCUGACGAGUAUUUACAUGGCAUGUUUACGGCCUUGUUCACGCAGCAUGUGUCACUGGACGAAUGCACCCGACUGUGGGAUGUCUACGUAUUUGAGGGCGAUGCUGUUCUUGUCAGAGCUGCUGUUGCUCUACUCAUGGAACGGGAAGGCUUACUGCUCACGGCUACAAAUUGUGCGGACGUUAUGAAGAUGCUCGCACAGGGUGGCCAGAGGACGCUGCAAGGGCGUGAGGACGAUUGGAUGAAACGAGUUCGCGAGGCCGGCAAGGCUUGA